AUGGUCGGGGAUGUGGUUGUUAUCAACGUGCAUAACUCGCUGGGUAACCAGUCGACCUCUUUGCACUUCCAUGGCCUGUUCAUGAAUGGCUCCUCUCACAUGGAUGGCACAAGCUACGUCAGUCAGUGUGCUAUUGAACCGGGUGCGAGGUUCACAUACGACUUUACUGUUCAACAACCAGGCACAUACUGGUAUCAUUCACACUCGAAAUCCCAAUACCCAGAUGGUCUUCGAGGACUCCUCAUCAUUAAUGACCCAGCAUCACCGUACCGCGAGCAGUACGACGAGGAGAUCAUAAUUUCUUUAUCUGACUGGUAUCAUACACAGACGCCAGACCUCCUGAAAUUAUAUGGUGCUAUGAGAGACCCAUCGCCAGAUGCAAAUCUCAUCAAUGACGCUGCCGAUGCCAAGGUACAUAUACAAGCCGGAAAGACCUAUCUUGUCCGCAUAGCGAAUAUCGGAGCUUUCAUCGGACAGUAUUUUUGGAUCGAGAACCAUGUCAUGAAGGUGGUUGAGGUGGACGGAGUGUACACGGACCCCGUCGAGACAAAAAUGCUCUUUGUUGGGACUGGGCAACGAUAUGCUUUCCUCUUGACUAUUGAGGAGGGUCUAGCGACGAAUGUGCCUAUGAUCACACGUAUGGAUGAGUCGUCCUUCUCCAUGCAUUCGGGGAGACCAGAGAGUAUCGAUGGAAAAGCCUGGUUAACGAUUGAUCCUGAACUGUCCUUUCCAGACGCACAGUUUCCGAAAGGCUUACAUGCUCUCAACGAUAUGAGCCUGGUACCUCUGGACCACGAACCACUAUUAGAGGCUGUUGACCAGAGCAUCAAUCUCACCAUUGACAUGCACACCCAGACAGACGGCGUUUCGCAUUGGCUCUUCAACACGGAACCAUACACCACUCCAGACAACACCCCAUCUCUCUUCGCCGCCCUCGCCGCCGGCUCAAACGCCACAUCCCCCAACACAUACACCCACCAGACCCAACCCUACAUUCUCAGCCACAACGCUGUAAUCGAGAUCAUCAUGAAAAAUAAACACAUGCGCCCACACCCAGUACACCUCCACGGCCACAACUUCCAAGUCAUCCACCGCUCCGGGAAAGGCACCAUCGAAGACACUCCCGUAGGAACGAGCCCUCUCCGCCGUGACACAGUCGUGAUCAACAAUCACGGGACAUUACGAAUUCGUUUCCGUGCAGAUAACCCGGGGGUGUGGCUUUUUCACUGCCAUAUGGAGUGGCAUUCUCAUUCUGGUCUCGUAGCGACUUUUGUGGAAGCGCCGUUGGAGCUGCAGGCGCAGAUGGGGGAUAAGCUCAUGAUUGGGCCGAAUCCUGAACUGGCUUGUGAUGCGCCUGAGCGGAUAUAUAAAUUCAAUCAGGAUGUGAAUUCUGCGGCUGAGGCUCAGCAAGCGAGCAUAUCGUUCCUUGGGAUACCUCUCACAAUCUUAGCUCUAGGCGCCAGCAUCACACUGAUAGGAGCAGCUACAUUCUAUAUUUGGUACAGAUCCAAGGGUUUGCGGCAGAGGAACACAUCAUAUAGCUUGGUGCCGAUUGUGGAUGAGGAUAGGAUAUAUGAGCAGGACGAUGGUGAGAUAGAUAGCAAGUGA